UGCUAUGGGUAACAAAGAGAAUCGUACUAUAUAACAGCUAGAUAAACCCCAGACCCGCUCCCUUAUAUUUAUUUUCUUAUUGUCAACAAGCAGCGUUUUGGCCGAAAAAUACAGUUGCUAGUCUACCUAUCACGCACGCGCAAAGGAAACAGUUGAAACGCGAACUCUUCUAGCUCCGCCCACUUAAAAGUUAUGUAAAUCGAUCACAAGGCGUGGCAGUUCGAGGUGACGUCACGGCCGGGCGGCGGAGCUGCUUGUAGACAGAUGGCAGCUCUCAGGAACCUGUCAAUGGUGAUCGGGGCGGCUGUAGCGGCGCUGGGCUCGGUGCUGUUCAUCGCCUGGAACCGUUAUGUGCCCGGCAGGAGGAGGUGGCGGCGGAGGGCGGGCUAUGAGCUGGAAUACCGGCAGCAGUGCGGACAGGACAACUGUCUGGAUCGGCAGAUUUUAGUGCUGGGUUUGGAUGGAGCAGGUAAAAGCAGCAUAAUCCAUGCACUAAGCACCAACACCACCAGGUCCAGCUCGGCCCCAACCCAUGGGUUUAACACGGCCCAGAUUCUCAGCCAGGGACUGCGGAUUGAACUGUUAGAGGUGGGAGGCAGCCAGAACCUGCGGACAUACUGGACCCAGUAUCUAAAGAAAACACAUAUUAUAGUCUUUGUGGUGGACUCCACAGAUGACAUACGCUUGCAGCUAGCAAGACAUGAAUUACAUAGACUUCUGGAAGAAUCCCCACAACUGCCCCUGAUGGUGCUGGCAAAUAAACAGGAUUGUAAGUGUGCUCUUACCAUCUCAGACAUUUCUGCAGAGCUAUCACUGCACAGGAUUCAAGGGCUAAGAGAAGUGACACUGCUGGGGACUAGUGCUGUGUAUGAUGGACAUGGAGGCAGCACCUCAUUACAGACUGUGAGAUCAAUGCUGGAAGAAAGGUUACACAAAAUAAAGGAGUCCGAGGAAAACAAAUCUCCAAAGCAACCGCUGUAAGACAUGUCUGUCUAGAGAGAAAAGUGCUUAAUGUGGUUCCACUAAAAGAUGACCUAAGGAUCUCCAUCUUUCUAGUGGAGAGGAAGAAUCUGUGCAAUAUUUAGAUUUCUGAGGACACAAGUGGGGCAGGUCCCCACCUCACCGUGAGGUCUUAAGGAAAGAUUCAGCUGCUUCAUAAUUUAUUUUAUAAAGACUUUUUUUUAAGGAAUAAAUAAAUUCUUUUUGGUUUAAUUAUUUAAUUUUUCAAACGUAUAAACUGUAUUUAUUGUAAGAUCACAUACAAUCAUGUCUUCUGUCCAUUUUAAGGUGGUUUUUGGCCUCAGCCUAGGUUUUGAGUCUUUGGGCCAGAUGGACAUUACGAUUCAUAUAUCAAACACAUGGAUAUGUCGGCAGAAUCUCUGACAGCUGCCAACGUAUCUGUAGUCUGAGUAAUAGGGGCCUCAUUAAAUUACCUAAAGAUACAUGUUGGUUCUGACUAGAGCUGAGCGACGUUACAGUACUUUAAUUCUGCACGAACCUCGCGGCUCGGCGGUUACUGACUU